CAUUCAAACCACACCAGAGUUCACUUCAAACAAACCCAGGUUGAGGUUUGUAGACGAACCAGUUUACGUUCAAACCUGAAACAAAACAAACUUUCCUGUCAAACGUGGAAUUUUAGUGUCUAAAAACUCAUUUUAUCUGUUUUUGUUGAUCUAAACUCAAGAGAUUUCACUGCCCGUCAUUUAGCCUCAGUCACCUUCUGGAACAUAAACCAGUGACCUCUUUCCUCUCGUCUCCCACAGCUGCAGCCUGAGCGUCUGUGUCGGACGGAGCGGGAUGUUCUGAUCGGCUCUCAGCGAUGGAAUCCAGUGGAUGACAGCAGCUGAAAACUCCCAGACGGAGGAAGAGGAGGAGGUCGCCUCCACAGCAUGGGCUGCGUCAAAUCCAAGCGGAGCGCCGCGGCCUCCCAGCACGCCAACUCCACGGAGAGGAAGCCCACGAGCGAGAAGGCCUACUUGAUGGGCAGGUCGGCGCCGGGCUCGGCGGACGGCUCGCCGCAGGUGAACGCGGCGCUGCUGGAGUACGCCCAGCGGCUGUCGGAGGACAUCGUGGCGCGGGCGGUGCAGCAGUGGCUGGAGGUGGACAGCCGCUACAGCGACAUCCCCUACAUCGAGUGCGACGUUCCGUGACGGGAACCUUCACGCCUGGCGGCGGAUGAGUUGACGGGAAUCCGGUCUGACUGGACAGGAUUCAUCCUGAAACCUUCCUCCAAACGGACCGGAGCGCUCCGAUCACGACUCUGUGACGAUGAGGUGGAAGAUUACCGAUGAACCCAGGAAUCCCGUCUGACCCUUGACCCUGGUUGGAAACUCUCCCUGGAGCUUCUUUCACUGCCACUACUUCGCCUUAACCUCCGCCCUCCGCCAUGCGGGCCUUCUGGGCCGCUGACGAUGCGUUCUCCGGAUUGGGAGCUUUGACAGGGACCGACUCAUCGGACGAACCGACGAGACGUUUCGGUUUCGGUUCGUCCGGCUACGUUCACACAGCAGGCGAAUUCGCAAAAUUCCGAUCUUUCACCAGUUUGUUCGGAAAUAAAUCUGAUUAUUUCCAAAGCA